AUGGGACAGGAGACGGGAUCUCCCGACCGCGAGCAGCCGCCCCCGCUGCCUCCUCGGAGAGCAGCCUCAAGCUCGGCGGAUGCAAGGAGCCUGCAGGCACAGGCUACAACUGCGAUAACCCCGGUGGACAUCCAGACUCUGUCCUUUCCAGACGGCUCACGCGGGACGUUCUCGACUCCAGGGCCUAGAUCGGUGUCCACGCCAAUCGGCGCCGGCAGUGGACAAGUGUCGCCCAGUCACAAAGGCAGCGGCUCCGCUGGCGAAGGAGCCGAUGAUGGUGCUAGCAUCUCGAGCUUUGCGCCGACGAUGCGCCCCGCUGGCGACAUUGCGAGCCUACUUGCAGGAGAUUUUCAUCGGAAAAGCCCCGCUUGGAACCUACUACAAUCACAGUCCGCAGCCAUACAACCGUUUGACCGUGGCAGGCGAGGAGCGCAAGACCGCCUCGCAGAGUUUCACAACGAGACAGAGCCGUUACCGGAUGAGACAAACGAAGAAUACAAGGACGAAGAGAGGCUUGCCAUUUGGAAGGGGAAACUCAAACAUUACAUGAUUUUGUCCUCCGCGGGCAAGCCAAUCUGGAGCCGCCACGGCGAUCUCAACCUCAUCAACUCCUCCAUUGGAGUGGUACAGACAAUAAUAUCCUUUUAUGAAGGCUCGAAAAAUCCACUACACGGAUUCACUGCCGGCAACGCCAGGUUCGUCAUCUCGAUCCAGGGUCCGCUGUACUUUGUUGCCAUCAGCAAGCUCGGGGAGAGCGAUGCGCAGCUGCGUUCGCAGCUCGAGGCGCUCUACAUGCAGAUUCUAUCGACUUUGACUUUACCUACACUCCGCAACAUUUUUCUCAACCGGCCAUCAACAGACCUUCGCAAACCGCUCCAAGGAACCGAGUCACUAUUGUCCUCGCUGGCGGACAACUUCACGAUGGGCUCAGCUUCGGCCUUGCUAGGCUCUCUGGAAUGCCUCAAGCUGCGCAAGUCAGAAAGGCACGCCAUAAACAACACAUUUCUGAAGCUGAGGGCCGAGAAGCUCUUGUAUGGACUCAUCGUGGCUGGUGGAAAGCUCGUGAGCGUUAUACGGCCCCGGCGACACUCGCUGCACCCCAGCGAUCUGCAACUCAUUUUCAACAUGCUCUUCGAAUCGGACGGCAUCAAAGGCGCUGGUGGUGAGAAUUGGAUCCCCAUAUGCCUUCCAGCGUUCAACAACCAGGGGUACUUGUAUAUGUACGUCAGCUUCUUCGAAGGUGUGUCGGGUGACCAAGCGAGCGCACCCGAUGCCAACGAGGGCCGGCCUGCCGAGGGAGAGGUGGCCAUGAUCCUCAUCAGCCCGGACAGAGAAAGCUUUUAUGACUUGAAGAAGAUGCGAGACGACGUCGCCCUACAGUUGGCGAAGAACGGCAGCCUCGCUUUGAUUCGCAAGGCAGCGCGAGCAGGCCGUCCCACUGUGCCCCAGGUUGCGCCGGGCAGUCAGAUCAGCCAUUUCUUGUAUAAGUCGCGAGCGAAUGUGCAGUUCUGCAUGUCCUCCCUACAACCCGCUUUCGCUCAAAUCGUGGAGCGGAGGAGGCUCAUGACCCUGUACCACGAAUUGCACGCAUCGGCUCACACGAAGCACGCCCACCUCAAGGUUCUACAUUGCUGCAGCGAGGAGGCGACGUCGUUGGCAUGGAUUACGCCUGUCUUCGAGUUCUACUGCGUGGGCGGGCCAAACAUGUCGCGAUCCUCCAUGACGCAAGGAGCAAACAAGAUCAUCCAGUGGGCAAAGAAGGAAGAGCAACGUCUUUUCAUCAUUGGGGGCGGCGUCUUUUGA